AUGACUUACUUCAAUUGGAUCGAUUUAUGCCAACAGCCAAUACUCAAAGCCUCUUCCGAAAAGUAUGCACAGCUUGUUCACGAUUCGACCACCGAACUCCAUGAACCCAUUCAAUCCAUCUUGUCAACUCUGAAUCGACGCGCCAUGGGAUUGACAAAGUGCGCCAACUUUGAAUCGGCUCUUCGCGAUGCCCACGUUAUGCAACAGGUGUCGCCUACUUCAGCACUUGGAUAUCUAAGUGAGGCCAGCAUUUACAGUGAACAAGGAAAACAGCGUCAAGUCAUCGAUAUCUGCAAGCAUGCUAUACGUUUUGUUCAUACGAAGGAUCUCGUCAAAUUGCAGCAAGUGAUCGCUGAUGCUGAAGACCGUGAGGGCAAAGGCGUCGACUUUAUCAGACAGCUACCUCUCGACAUUGUGAUAUCAACACUUAUUCCCAUGAUUGUUGACAGCGACUAUAUCGAUCCAUCGAACCCAAGUCCCUAUCUGUACGUAUCCCAUUUAUGGCGCAAUUGUAUUCUGCAGUCGAUCGGUGGAUUACGUUUGAGGAUUGGAGCAGAGGAGGAAGACGACGUUUCAGACAUCAUUGAACUUACCCAGCACAUCAAGGCAUUGGAUAUUGAAUGCUAUUCCGAAGGAACAUGGCUAGGAGACUUCAUUGCUGAUAAUGACUUUUCCUCUUUGCGAGAGAUUGAGAUUCGACGUUUCACUACACUACACCUGGGCCAUUUUCUCUCGGCGUUGAAAUCAGUCAGCAGCACCUUGACCCACUUUUUUGUCGACAUGGAGGAUGGACCGGUGUUAGGCGUACCCGAUGUUUUAUUGGUUUGCCCCAAUCUCAUGUCGCUCAGCCUACGUGACGUCUGCAAUGCCGAUACAAGCUCUCUCCCAAUGGCUCCAUGGCCGACAUUGACGACAUUGUCUCUUACCUUUAUACACCGCAUCAUCGCCUGCGAUCAGAUAAUCGAGAUCUGGAAGCAUUUCCCAUCACUCAAGAAGCUUGAGAUUCACCCAUGUCCCGAUAUCCAAUCAGCGCUUAUUGUCUCUGAAUAUUCCUCAACGUUGAAAAAGCUUGAGAUUUCUAUGGAGGGAUCGGAUCUUCGUUUGACCUACACGGAUGAAGGAAACCAUACCCAAGAAGCUGGCAUCACAAAGCUUGUCAUAUGCACCGAUUAUUCGGCUGAAACAACAUGCAAGGACACUAGCUCUAUCAUAAAGCGAUAUCACAACACACUUGAGCACCUUGAAUGGGAUAUGGAUACAAGUUGGGAUACCGAGACUAUUGACAAUAUUCAGUUCCCUCGUCUUACCCAACUUGGUCUCUAUUGGUCUGGAUGGGAGAUGAUACGCCAUGCGCCCAUAUUGGAAGAAUUGAAGUUGACGUUCAGAAUCAUCAGUACACACCCGCAAGUACUUGAUACGAUACCACCGCACUUGAAAUCACUUGAUUUGGACCUCGACGCAUGGCAAUACUAUGAGGAUCAUUCAUCCAUCCUAUCCUAUCUUAAUCGCAUGGCUCGCCAAUCGAAGCUGAAAGAACUUGUGUUGCGUUUCAACAGCCGUGACGACAUUGCCAGUAUUCUUGAUGCCAUCUACCGUCAUGAUCAUCUUGAAUGCCUCAAGAUCAGUUUCACGAGCGAGUGGGAAAGUUAUCCAAUGGAGAGAUUCUUGAACGGUCUUGUCAAAGCAUGUCCCUGUUUAUCACGCCUUGAGCUCAAAUGCACGAAUGCACCUUCAACCCAUUCGAUCGAAACACUCAAACGCCUUCCACAAUUGCACAAGUUUGCAUUCUCCAUCCAUCGGACAUGUGACAAUGACAGCUUUUGGAAUGCGAUCAGAACCUUUCCCCAACUCAAGUGCAUUACUAUCUACCCUUCACCUGUGGCCCAGGAUGCCAGAAUCCUUCAUCUCAACCAACAAAGACCGGACAUGAAGAUCAUCGUUGGAUCAACUCACCUAUUCCACCACCCUUUUCCAUGA